AUGAGUUAUCAAACAAGAACCAUGAAAGAGUUGAUGGCUCAUCAUCUCCUCUUAACCUUGUCUCUUUUUGGCAUUUUUGCUGCAAAUCAUGCAUGCGACCAAAACGACCAGCUCUCUCUCUUGUCCUUACCCUUCAAUACAUCUUUUCCUCCAUUAAAUUGGUCUUCUAUUGACUGUUGCAGUUGGGAAGGUAUUUCUUGUGAUCAAAACGGUAAGGUUAACCAUAUUUGGUUACCCUCUAGACACCUCAAAGGGAGUAUAUCUCCCUUUCUUGAAAACCUCACAAGGCUCACUCACCUCAAUCUCUCCCACAAUUCAUUUUCAGGAGCUCUCCCUACCGAAUUCUUUUCGUCUUUGAAUCAACUCAAGAUCCUUGAUUUGAGCUACAACUAUCUGGGUGGAGAUAUAUCAUUGCUGUUUUCAUCGACUAAUGGCUCUUCUACUGGUUGGCCAACCUCCAUUCAAAUACUCGACAUGUCAAGCAAUAACUUUAAUGGGACAAUGAAAUCUUCAUUCCUCCAAGGAGCAUGGAACUUGAUCAAUCUCAAUGUCAGCAACAAUAGUUUCACGGGCCGUAUCCCUUCCUCUUUUUGCAUCAAUUCUCCAUUUGUUAGGCUCCUCGAUUUCUCUCGUAAUUAUUAUAGUGGCCAAAUUUCUAGUGGACUAGGGAGAUGUUUUAAACUAGAGGUUUUUCGAGCUGGUUUUAACUCUCUCUCUGGAUUACUCCCUCAUGAUAUAUAUAGUGCAACAGGGUUGGAAGAAAUCUCUUUGCCUUUUAAUAAUCUUUCGGGGCCCAUUAGCAAUAACAUCAUGAACUUUACCAAACUCACGAAGCUUGAGUUAUAUAGCAAUAAAUUCAGCGGCAAACUCCCUGGGAAUAUCGGAAGGCUCUCCAAAUUAAAGGACCUACUCCUUGAUACAAACUUCUUAACAGGUUCUCUUCCCCCAUCUUUGAUGAAUUGCACUAAUCUCACAAAAUUGAGUCUAUGGUUCAAUUCCUUUGAAGGAAAUAUCUCCACCUUUAAUUUCUCCGGUCUUCAUCAACUUUCUAUACUUGACAUGGGGAGAAAUAACUUCACAGGUAGUUUGCCAAUGAGCCUUUACUCAUGCAAGUCCCUAAGAGCAAUUCGACUUUCUCGAAACCAAAUAGAGGGGCAAAUCUUACCUGAGAUACAUCAAUUGAAAUUCUUAUCUUUCCUUUCCCUUGGUACCAGUAGUCUAACCAAUAUAACAGGGGCAAUCAAGAAUUUGAUGGGUUGCAAGAAUCUCAACGUAUUAAUCCUUGCUGAUAAUUUUAAGCAUGAGGCAAUACCAGGUGAUGAUAAAAUGAUUGGUUAUGAUGGAUUUGAAAAUCUUCGACUUUUGAGUUUUACUCAUUGCCAACUAACUGGUCAAUUUCCUAUAUGGCUAACUAAGCUUAAGAAGCUACAAGUCUUGGAUCUAAGUUACAAUCGCAUCACAGGUUCAAUUCCUAGUUCCUUGUCAACACUUCCAGAACUCUUCCUAUUACAGUUGUCUAAUAAUUUUAUUUCAGGUGAAUUCCCAAAGGAACUUUGUGAAUUGCCAUCAUUGCUUUCAAAACAAGAUAGAGCUCUUGUAGACCAUCACAGUCUAGAUUUGCCUAUCUUUAUUUACAUAAAUGGUAUCUAUAGCCAAUACAAUUACCUCACCAACAUGCCACCAACAAUAUCGGUCGGAAACAACUGUCUUAUUGGCAACAUCCCGCUUGAGAUUGGUCAUUUGCAGUUGAUUCAUAUUUUGAGUCUUGGCCAUAACAACUUCUCAGGCAAAAUUCCAGACCAAAUAUCUAAGCUCACAAACUUAGAAAGAUUGGAUCUCUCUGCAAAUCAAUUGUCGGGUGAAAUACCAGUAUCACUAAGUAGUUUGCAUUUCUUGUCAAAGUUUAGUGUUGCAGACAAUAAUCUGAAUGGACCAGUACCAUUAGGCACUCAGCUCCAAAGCUUUGGUGUCUCUGCAUAUGAAGGCAAUCCUAAACUUUGUGGCCCCCCACUUCCAAAUGGGUGUGCUGAUAUUGUUAGUAGCAACAUUGACAAGGACAUUCAAGAUGAUGAAGAUUGGUUUGGAAUGCCAUUGUUUCCAAUUAUUGUGGUUCUUGGCUUCGUUACAGGCUUUUGGGGCGUCUUGGGUCCUUUACUUCUUAGCUACACUUGGAGAGUCGCUUAUUUUCAAUUCCUAGACAAUGUAAAAAAGAGGCUCUAUGUCACACUGGGAAUGUGUUUGACUGGAUUGCACAGAAGGUUAUGA